AUGUCGACAGAAGCAAAGACCGCUGCCUUUCGGCGCGAAGACGUCAAGUUUGCCUCGGGCAGCGACCUGUGUGCAGCGUGGGUGUACCAUCCCACCGCUGCCCCGCUUCGCCCCGCAUCCGGCGAAUCGCGCCAUGGUGAUAAGUAUCCAGCAAUGAUACUUGGACAUGGACUCGGCGCCAUCAAAGAGAUGGGUCUCGACCGCACGGCCUCCCGCUUCGCAGAGCUCGGCAUCGUCUGCGUCGUCUUCGACUAUCGUCACUUUGGCGAGAGCACCGGCCAGCCCCGCCAGCUGCUGGACAUCAACCUGCAGCUCCAGGAUUGGGACGCCGCCAUCGACUAUAUCUCCAAGCUCGAAAGUGUAGAUGACCAGAGGAUCGGCAUCUUUGGCAGCAGCUUCGGCGGCGGCCAUGUGAUCAGUGUCGCGGCCAAGGACAAGAGGGUCAAGGCGGUCAUCUCGCAGUGCCCCUUCACCUCGGGCUUGCACUCAUCCCAGACAGUUGGACUUCUGCCCCUUCUCAGACUCGGUGUACUGGGUCUGCGCGACCUAUUGUUUUCAAGAGGCAACGACAUCGUUCGCGUUCAACUCGCUGGCAAGCCUGGAGAAACUGCGCUCAUGAAUGCGCCAGAUGUGUUUCAGUAUCGCCAGCUCAUCCCGGAGCACUUGUUGGAUGUCGUGCCGGACUACGUCGCAGCGCGUUUCGCUCUCGCCAUCGGCUUGUACAACCCGGGCUGGAAGACCGCCUCGGUCGCCUGCCCAAUCUUCUUUGCAGUCUGUGGCAGGGAUUCCGUAGCGCCGCCUGGCCCCACCCUCUCCUAUGCCGAGAAAGCGCCAAGAGCAACCGUCAAGCUCUACGACAACAUGGGCCACUUUGACAUCUACGUCGGAGACCACUUUGUCACUGCCACCAACGACUACCGCACCUUCCUCAAGGCACACCUCUGA